UGAAAGUGAUCGGGGCGCUAUCUUGUACGCCCGCGCGCCAGAGAGAGAGAGAGUAUCCGAGAUGGGGGGAGGAGUCGAUUGAUCGGCGAGUGUGCAAAUUCGUCAGUUUGAACGACGCGGAGCGUAAAUUGUCGUCCUCAUGCCGACUGCAGUUGAACAGCCAGCCUAGGCUGGCCCCCAUCUCUAUCAUACACCACGAGAGAAACGCUCUUCUGCAGCAUCAGCCAACGCCGUGCAUACACGUACACAAACAUACACACACAUAACAAAAAAAAACAAGAAAAAAGUGUGCGCGCGCUGUGUACGACUCGUUCUCUCCGACGAUCAUGCCGGCGGUGGAGCUGCGGAUGCAACAUCAGCCGGAGAUAAAACGGCGGUGGCGAUAACAAUGAGUGCCCGUGUAUUAUCUUCCCUCGGAUAAGCGUAUAAAGGAGUGCGCGGCGUGAAAACGCGUGGACGCCCAACCGACGCAUCCACUAGCCGCGGAGCAGCGGCUCCGAGCAGUCGUCGUGUGAUUAUUGUAUUUCUCGCACUCCCGAUCGUAAACAAACAAACUCCGUUGUCGCCUCGCUCUGAGCUACGGAGUUGUGCCUGUUUUUUUUUUUUUUUUUAAUUCAUUUGAAAAAUUUUACGAUACUCGUGUCCUUCGAUAACAGUAAUCAGCAUCGGAAUAUCACCUGUGGCCAUGGGGAGGACGAGUGAUACUACGCUGUUGUUGUUGUUGGUGACGGUUCUCGGUGUCCUGGUCGGUGUGAGCGAGGCACUCGAGAAUGGAUUGGCCAGGACACCACCGAUGGGCUGGCUCGCAUGGGAGCGAUUCAGGUGCAACACAGACUGCAAAAACGACCCGGACAACUGCAUCAGCGAUCGGCUAUUCAGAACAAUGGCAGACAUCGUGGUAUCCGAGGGGUACGCAUCGGUGGGGUACGAGUACAUAAACAUAGACGACUGUUGGCUGGAAAGGGAGCGCGCACCCGAUGGGCAACUCGUGCCCGACAAGGAACGCUUUCCCUACGGAAUGAAGAGCCUGUCCGAUUACAUCCACUCGAAGGGAUUGAAGUUCGGCAUCUACGAGGAUUUCGGUAAUUUCACGUGCGCCGGGUAUCCCGGAGUCAUAGGGUACCUCGCGAACGAUGCGGACCUGUUUGCCUCGUGGGACGUGGAUUACGUGAAACUCGAUGGCUGUUACGCUCUUCCCCGUGAUAUGGAUCAAGGUUACCCUGAAUUUGGUUUUCACUUGAAUCGGACCGGAAGACCGAUGAUUUACUCGUGCAGUUGGCCGGUUUAUCAAAUAUACGCAGGCAUGCAGCCAAAUUACAGUUCGAUUAUCGAGCAUUGCAACUUGUGGAGGAAUUUCGAUGACAUUCAGGAUUCUUGGAGCAGCAUCGAAACAAUUAUAGAUUAUUACGGCAAUAACCAAGACGCGAUAGUGCCAAACGCGGGACCGGGCCACUGGAACGAUCCCGACAUGUUGAUCGUUGGUAAUUUCGGCUUGAGUUACGAGCAAAGCAAAACGCAAAUGGCCCUUUGGGCCAUACUCGCGGCUCCUUUGCUCAUGUCCGUCGAUCUUCGAACCAUCAGACCAGAGUACAAAGCUAUCUUACAGAAUAAGAAAAUUAUCGAAGUGGACCAGGAUCCCCUUGGUAUUCAAGGUCGGCGAAUCUACAAACACAAGGGCAUUGAAAUCUGGGCAAGGCCUAUAACUCCAGUUUACCAAAACUACUACUCAUACGCCAUCGCGUUCCUUAACAGAAGAACCGAUGGUACACCCUCUGAUGUGUCGGUUACUCUUAAAGAGCUUGGUCUACAGUACCCCCAUGGAUACAGAGUAGAGGACCUGUACGAAGACGUCGAUUACGGAGUUCUCACGCAAUACACGAAGAUCAAAGUCAAAGUGAAUCCAUCCGGUGUCGUUAUUCUGCGAUGUGAUCUACAGUUCGAUCACCCCAAUCAGUAUACGCAAUACACGCCCCUUCAACAAGUGUUCAAAGUCAGGCACAACUCGUUUUAAGAAAUUACCAUUGUAAAUUAAUUAUUAAACAAAUUUAAUUAUUAUUAUUAU